AUGUCACUUUUUCAAACAAUCGAGACCCCUGCGCUGACAUAUGAGCAGCCGUUGGGACUAUUCAUCAAUAAUGAAUUUAUCAAGGGUGUGGAUGGGAAAACGUUUCAGACGAUCAAUCCCCACAACGAGAAGCCCAUUGUAGCCGUUCACGAAGGCACAGGAGAGGAUGUCGACAUUGCCGUGAAAGCUGCUCGCGCUGCACUGAACGGAGAGUGGAAAAAAAUCACGCCGUCCGAACGUGGUCGCCUCCUUACUCGUCUGGCAGACUUCCUAGAACGCGACAUUGAAACGUUGGCCGCUAUUGAAGCCCUUGACAAUGGCAAGGGAGUGACAAUGGCCAAAGGCGACGUUAAAGCCUCUGCCGGGUGCCUGCGCUACUAUGGUGGCUGGGCCGAUAAGAUUUAUGGUCAAACAAUUGACACUGAUACUAAAAGCUUGACCUAUACGCGCCACGAACCGGUGGGCGUCUGUGGCCAAAUUAUUCCAUGGAACUUCCCGCUUAUGAUGUUCGCUUGGAAGAUCGGCCCUGCUUUGGCCACCGGAAAUACAAUUGUGAUCAAAUCGGCCGAACAAACACCCCUUUCUGCGCUUUACAUGGCCAAGCUGAUCAAAGAAGCGGGAUUCCCCCCUGGAGUGGUCAAUGUUAUUUCAGGAUUUGGAAGAACCGCAGGCGCGGCGAUCGCCUCCCACAUGGAUAUUGACAAGGUCGCUUUCACUGGAUCGACUCUAGUUGGACGUCAGAUCAUGAAAGCAGCGGCCGAUAGCAACUUGAAGAAAGUGACCCUCGAACUGGGUGGCAAGUCGCCGAACAUCAUUCUCCCCGAUGCAAACCUAGAGGACGCAGUUGAAUGGGUGAAUCUGGGCAUUUUCUUCAAUCACGGACAGUGCUGCUGUGCAGGCUCUCGCGUUCUUGUUCACGAAGCUGUCUAUGAGAAAUUCCUAGAGCUUUUCAAGAAGCGAACCGAGCAAAACAAGGUCGGAGACCCAUUCUGUACCGAGACUUUCCAGGGACCACAAGUAUCACAGAUCCAAUAUGACCGGAUCAUGGGUUACAUUGAAGAAGGAAAGGAUGCCGGUGCUAGGGUCGUCACGGGUGGCGAUCGUCAUGGCAGCGAAGGAUACUACAUUCAACCCACCGUUUUUGCUGAUGUCACUGAGCAUAUGACGAUUGUGAAAGAAGAGAUCUUCGGACCCGUAUGCACGGUGCAGAAGGUCCACAGUGAGGAGGAGGCUAUUAGAGUGGCUAAUGACUCCAACUAUGGGUUGGCCGCGGCUGUCCAUACCACGAACAUCAACGCUGCCAUUCGAGUGUCUAACGCCGUCAAAGCUGGAACCGUAUGGGUUAACAACUACAACACCCUUCACUACCAGAUGCCCUUUGGUGGUUUCAAGGAAUCCGGAAUAGGCCGAGAACUUGGAUCAUACGCCCUCGAGAACUACACUGAGGUGAAGACAGUUCGCGUGCACCUUCAGUCGUAA